UGCACCUUACAACAGUUCUUCCUCAUGCUUAAAUCUAUUCCAUCUCUUUUAGUGACCAAUGGAAGAAGAUAAUCAAAAAGAGUUACAGCUCCUCCCUUCUCAAAAACCCUCAUCAUCUUAUUCUUAUUCACGCAUGACAUCGUCCCGCCCACCGGAUUCCUCCGUGAGGUAUAGAUCAUCAGCGACAGUGACUGAUCACCACCACCACCACCAAUUCGGCGGACCAUCGCUAGACUUGCAAUUAUCAAUAAGCCUCAGUCCAAUCCAACCACAAUCUAAAUCGGACACCGGCUGCGUUGAGGCAUUGAAAUGGCAAGCGGCGGAGCAAAUUCGAUUGGCGGCGAUUGAAAAAGCGUAUGCAGAGAGAGUGAGAGAGCUAACGAGAAGAGAGAUGGAGAUGGCGCAGUCGGAGUUCGCUAGGGCACGGCAGAUGUGGCAGAGAGCGAGAGAAGAAGUUGCAAAGGCGGAGAGAAUGAAAGAAAAGGCGACGAGGCAGAUGGAUUCUACGUGCAUGGAGAUCACUUGUCAAUCUUGCAGGCAAAGGUUCAAGCCCGCUUAAUUAAUUCGGGACGGAAGGAGUAAUAAUUAAUUAAAAUUAAAACGUAAUAAAAUUGAAAAGUUAAUUUAAAUACAUUUUAAUAUGAAGAUUGUGAUCUCAAACUUUUGAAGACAAGAUGAUGAGAUUGACAUUAUUGAUGAACUAAAGGGGCAAGUUGUUGAGUUUUUGAAUAUUUGGGUAUUGGAUUCUUUUUUUUUUUUUUUUCAUUUGGACAUAAGAGAUGAAGGAAGGACAUAAACAUAUAAGUGGGCGUAGAAAAGCUUGCAAUGCCCAUAUUUUGUUUCUUCAUCAUUAUGAAUUGUGUGAUUCUUUUGGCUUUUGUUGUUGCCCUUCAUAAUUAUAUCUCAUGAAUUUUAUUUUUAAAUUCA